CCCUCUCUCCUUUUUCUGCUUAAAUUAAGAGGGAAAGAAGAGAGAGAGAGAGAGAGAGAUGGCUAUUACAAACUUCAAUUGCUGCCUCAAUCCGCCGCCGCCAACUCAAAACCUUGGUUCAAGCCCUUCUUUGCCUUCAAAGCCAAAUCAAGUACUUGCAUGGAACAAAAAUGAUGGAUCAUGGACAAAACGAUGUGUGUUAGGCAUGACAGCCGGCAUCAUGAUUGGGUUGGAAAUGGGCAGCUUGGAUGCCAUUGCCAAAGGCAUGCCCUUGCCAUUGGUGACAGAAUCAAGUGAUCAGAGGGUUACAAAAUGGAGUGACAAAAGAAUGUGCCCGCCGUGGAUCCCCAAUUCUCUGGAGACCAUUGUGCCUGAGAAUCUUCCAAGGCCCUCGGCUCAGAGGAGAUCGGAAGUCGUUGGGUUUUCGAAGGAUGCUCCUGCAGUUAAAACGGUUGUUGUUAGAAGAAGUGGCGGUUGCUUUGCCAUGUAAAUUACCCUGUGCUGCAGUUCCAUAUGUAUAUGCACCAUAAUGUAUAGCCAAAUACAGAAUCAAUGAAUUACUAGGCAUUUCCUUCAUUUUUGGAUUUUUCGGUCGCAUUUCUCUUUCAUGGUUUAAAUUGGGUGCAGUAUAGGCUAGCAUUUGAUUUGCAUAAUAAUUAUUGUGUAGUAGAAGUAGUACAUGUAGUACAGGUAGUACCAAUUGGAAGUUUUCAGCAGGAAAAACAAAAGCAAAACAACAAAAAAAUUCCAUUGGCAA